AUGGUUCUUAUUGAAUAUAAAGGGAAAAAUAGAUUUAAAAAAGAUGUGAAUAUAUAUUGGAAUUAUAUUUAUACUUUAAUAUAUCUAAAAAAAUAUCUUUACUUUUCUAAUUUUGUGUUUAUUUUCUUUUGCUUAGUUGAUUUUAUUAUGUAUUUAUUUGCUUUAAAAAUGAAUUAUAUUUCAAAAAAUGAAAUCUUAAAUAACAAAAUAUUUUGGAUUUUUGAAAAAAAAGAAUUAUGA